AUGAAACCCACACCAAAAACAGAAUUUCAAGCUGAUGAUCUUGAGUCUGAUGACUGUGCAUCCAUAUACAUCUUCAAUGUAGACCAGCCAUCAUCUUCUGUAAAUCAGCCAAUUUGUAUUCCUCGCCAUGGACUGCAGUCUCACUCCUCUCCUCUGUCACCACCUACAAGACUUCAAAGUCAUAAGAACUAUGAAGGGACUGGUGAGGUACCAGAAUCCAAAUACAGUCCACUAGGUGGACCCAAACCCUUUGAGUGCCCCAGUAUUCAGAUUACUUCUAUUUCGCCUAACUGUCAUCAAGGGAUUGAAGCCAAUGAAGACGAAUUGCACACAAAUGGCACAGAAAAUGAGUAUAUGGAAAGGCCUUCACGGGACCAUCUCUAUCUUCCUCUUGAGCCAUCAUACAGGGAAUCAUCCCUUAGUCCAAGCCCUGCCAGCAGCAUUUCCUCCAGAAGUUGGUUUUCAGAUGCUUCCUCUUGUGAGUCCAUUUCCCAUGUUUAUGAUGAUGUAGACUCAGAGCUAAAUGAAGCAGCUGCUCGAUUUACCCUUGGCUCUCCUCUGGCCUCUCCUGGUGGUUCUCCAAGAGGUCCUAAUGAUGAAUCUUGGCAACAGCCUUAUGGAUUUGGGCAUGCCUUGUCACCUAGACAGUCUCCCUGUCAUUCUCCUAGAACUAGCAUUACAGAUGAAAAUUGGCUAAGUCCCAGACCGACAUCAAGGCCCUCCUCAAGACCUACGUCCCCCUGUGGGAAACGGCGACACUCCAGUGCUGAGAUUUGCUAUGCUGGUUCUCUCUCUCCUCACCAUUCUCCUACUCCAUCACCUGGUCAUUCUCCCAGAGGAAGCAUAACAGAAGACACAUGGCUAAACACUUCCAUCCAUAACGUGCAAGGUCUUAAUUCCGGCCUUUCACCAUUUCAGUGUUGUACAGAGACUGAUAUUCCUCUUAAAACAAGAAAGACCUCAGAGGAUCAGACUGCUACUUUGUCUGGAAAAAUAGAUAUCUGCCCUGAAGAACAGGGUAACUUAUCAUCUUCCCUUGAAAACGCAGUAGAUGACUGCUCUGGUUCUCAACACACCUUGAAAAAAGAUUUGCCUGGAGACCAAUUUCUGUCUGUUCCUUCGCACUUUACUUGGAACAAACCAAAGCCUGGUCAUACUCCUAUAUUUCGCACAUCUUCGUUGCCACCUCUUGACUGGCCUUUACCAAGUCAUUAUGGGCAGUGUGAACUGAAAAUAGAAGUCCAGCCUAAAACUCAUCACAGAGCUCACUAUGAAACAGAAGGAAGCAGAGGAGCUGUAAAAGCGUCUACGGGAGGACACCCUGUAGUGAAGCUCCUGGGCUACAGCGAAAAGCCUGUAAACCUGCAGAUGUUCAUCGGAACUGCAGAUGAUCGCUACUUAAGGCCUCAUGCAUUUUACCAGGUGCACCGAAUCACUGGAAAAACUGUUGCUACAGCAAGUCAGGAGAUAAUCAUUGCCAGCACAAAAGUUUUGGAAAUACCACUUCUUCCUGAAAAUAAUAUGUCAGCCAGUAUCGAUUGUGCGGGUAUUUUGAAACUUCGCAAUUCAGAUAUUGAGCUCCGUAAGGGAGAGACAGAUAUUGGAAGAAAGAAUACCAGAGUCCGACUCGUGUUUCGUGUUCACAUCCCACAACCUAGUGGAAAAGUCUUAUCUCUGCAGACUGCUUCCAUACCUGUUGAAUGCUCUCAGCGAUCUGCUCAAGAACUUCCUCAGAUUGAGAAGUACAGCAUCAAUAGUUGCUCAGUCAAUGGAGGCCAUGAAAUGGUGGUAACAGGAUCUAAUUUCCUUCCAGAAUCAAAAAUCAUAUUUUUUGAAAAAGGACAAGAUGGACGACCUCAGUGGGAGGUAGAAGGGAAAAUAAUUAGGGAAAAGUGUCAAGGGGCAAACAUCAUACUUGAAGUUCCACCAUACCACAACAAAACUAUUACAGCUGCAGUUCAGGUGCAGUUUUAUCUCUGCAAUGGCAAGAGGAAAAAAAGCCAAUCUCAGCGUUUUACUUACACACCAGUUAUAAUGAAGCAAGAGCACAGAGAUGAGGUGGAUUUGUCUACUGUUCCAUCCUUGGCACUGCCUCACACGAGCAACGUCCAAGGCCUGCAUUCUAUCCGAACUCAGUUGCCUUCACCAGAGCAAGGCCAUCCUCAUGACAAUUUACUGUCUACAUCACCCAGGAGCCUUGUGUGUCCAGUUCAACCACCAUAUACAGCAAUGGUGACCUCAGCGGUAUCCCACCUGUCGCAUAUGCAAGGUAGAAACCUUAGUCCAAGUGAAGAGUGUCAUGUUUUGCCCCCUGCUGUGGUUCAGUCUUUUCAGGUAACAUCAGCACCUCCUGUGAGGCCUUCCUAUCAGCCUAUGCAGUCCAGUGAUGUGUACAACGAACAGUCUGGUCUUCCUAUGAACUCUGCCUCCAGCCAAGGAUUUGAUGCUAUUUCAUUUCAGCAAGACACAGCUGUACCUCAUCUGAUAAACCUUAGCUGCCAAGCUCUACCACCUAUGCCGUUCCAUUCUUCAAAUCCAGGUUCUGUGUCAACAUCAAGUACAGCAGGGCACCCGCUAGCACGCUCAGCACAUUCAGGACAGUCAUCUUCGCACCUGCCAUCGAUGGGAUACCACUGCCCAAGCGCCGGGCAGGCCUCUCUCCCUUCUGCAAUGAGUCGCUCCCUUGGGCAGUCUUCUCCCCAGCUGCAGCAAGUCCCAUACCAUUCUACAAACCCAGCCUCCACUUCCCCAUCCCCAACAGCUUCCCAUCCUUUGGUCCAUUCACCGCUGUCCGGACCAUCAUCACCCCAGCUACAACCUAUGCCUUACCAAUCUCCUAGCUCAGGACCUGCCUCAUCUCCCCCACCAGCCACUGUAAGUCAGUCGGGACAGCACUCCCCUCAAGCACAUAGUCCUGCAUUGGGAGGUCUUAAUGCAGCUUCGUCUUUAGUGCACCAUCCCGUGUGCGAUUCAUCUCCAUUUUCACCAGAUGGGGCAGCUAUUAACAUUAAGCCAGAACCUGAAGAUCGAGAAUUGAAUUUUCAGAUAGGACUACAAGACAUCACACUGGAUGAUGGUAAGUGGAUUUAAUAUUUUAAUACUGGGGUAUAAUUACAAAUUACACUGAACCAAAAAUUGUUGAAGGAAAUGGUUAUUUUGCUCACAGAAGUAUAUUUGUACUAUAAAAAUGGAGUCGUAUUUUUGCAUCCAAAGCAAUGACUUAUUUAAAGCUAACAAUAGUCAUACAGUUGAACUAGUUUAGCAUACAGUUUGCCUGUAGCCUUUGUUUUUAGUCAUAAAACAAGGCCAGAGAAUUAAUUCCUGCAUAUCUACACUUUAUCUACAGGGAAUUAAUUUGAAGCCUCUUCUAAUUUCCAGCAUAUUUCAGUGAAAGUCAUCAAAAUAUCUGAGUUACGUAACUGUAGUUCAGAUCAUGAUUUCAUGGAGCUAUCCCAGUUCUGAGAGGCAGGCUGUUUUGCUGGAAGUACAGCACGUGCAUUUUGGCACCAUCUUAGUCUCUUCCUCUACAUUCCGUAGAAAAGCUGCCAUCAUUCAGCACCUCUGCUCACUGUAGCUGUUGGCUUUCUCCUUACCACUUUGGCUACAUUUUUGAGAAAUUCACCAGCUUCCUGUAAACAAGGACCAUGAUGGAAGGCAUUCUGAUGCUAAGGCCAGACCAUAAAAUCCUCAACUCGAAAUACCUGGACAGUGUUAAUUUAGAAAACCAAGUGGAAAGUAGCAGUUAUCAGAUGCUGAGUGUUGGGAGUAUUUUAGGCAUAUGUGAGAAGGAAUUUAAAGAAAGCGUCAGAUUGAAGUGACUGAAAGAGCAGAAAGGCCUGGCCUUAAAAGGUAUGUAGAAGGUAUUUGAUAUUAAUGAUGGGCACCUUACUAGUAUCUGUUUUCUCCAGUAGGUUUAGCUGUAGUUUUUUAGUUAUCCCUUGCAAGAGUAGGCUAUCUGUUAAAUAUCCACAUCAGUCAGCUUUCCUUGAAUUAGAAAGGAAAAAAAGAGACCAACUCUUUCCAGGACAUGCUGAGAGAAGAGGAAGACUUUAGGGAACAGAAUAUUUAAAAUUUCUACUUCCACGCUAGAGGAGUGAGAACGAAAUCUAAUGUUUCCAAAAAAUGUCACAUUAGAACCUGUCUCUUAGCCUGCUUCCCUUCACACCCACGAAAAAGAUACAGAAAUUGAAAAAUAAAAACAAACCACCUAAAUACUGUAAUUAAACCCUUCACACUGUAAGCAGAAGCAUUUAGCAUUUAUGAGCAGCUCAGUUUGGAAGUUCCUGCCUGGAAGUUAGAAUGAAUGCACGGUAGAGAAAAGAAAGCAAACUUUUUUCCCCCUAUAUCUCAAGUUGAAAUUUCUUCUAGAAACUGUUUUUUCUGCUUUACAUUUAAAUUAUUGAGUUGUUUCUAUGCUGACAAACAUUAUAUUCUUUCAAUAGCAGGAAAAGCUUAAAGUGUACCCAUUUGCUAAUAUGUUAGAGAAAUAAAACCAGUAUGCAGAAGAUACAAAUGACCACAGUUUCAAUAAUUAUUAUUUUCCAAAAUAAUGCUGGCUGUGGUAGUUAGUCACAUAACCUGUGAGUACACUGUUUGUUUCCUAUAUGGAAAACAACAUAUUUUUAAAUGCUAAACAACCCCUGGCAUAAGCUAUACAUUUACAAGUGUUUAAAUGAUGUUCACUGCAGUUCAGUAUUACUGCCAUUCAGUGAUUGAAUUGUUCAGAAGUAGAAAUCUGAGAAAUGGAAAACUGGUAGAUUUUAUUCUUAUUCAGUCUGCCAGUUCAGGUUUGAUGUGGAGCCUGAAACUUGCUGUUCCAAAAGUCUUAAAGAGCACAGUGACAUGAAACAAGCUGCUCAAUGUUCUCAACAUGAAUAAAUACACCCUCUCUUUGACCAGCUUGUAUUUUAAAAAAUAAUAAAAAAAAAGUUUAGACAGGAACUUUUUAAAACGUAUCUAAUGUUUUACUGUGGUUUAUGAAAUAAUUAGAAAAAAUUGCUUUUGUUUAUUAUUGAAUUUUAGUUUCCAUACAAAUAGAGCUGGACACAAAUUGCAGAUGAAUUACUCUAAUGUUAUAAAAACUAAAAAAAAUCCAAACGUAAGUGGACAUAUAAAUAAAUAUUAAUAGGGUGCGUUCUCCCAAGUAACGUAUCAAACAUGAAAGCUAUAUUUAGCUAGAAAAUGGGCUUUUAAAUAGGUUACCAAUUAAGGCAAGUAAACUGCCCCCAAAAUAAUCCUAAGGCCAACUAAAUUUUUUGUUUAAAUUGUAUCUUGAUUACUGCACUCAGUAGCUUAAAACAAACAAACAAAUCUGACAACAUAAAUAAUCUUCUUUCAGUAAGGUGCACUAUUUUAAAAUCAGCACAGAUAGUUUCUUUAUCAAGAAAAUAAAGUACUGGAACAGAAUUUGAGUGGUGUACAAAAUGCUACUUCUCAUUACCAAGCUGUUUAGCUUGCCAGAAUAUCCUUCCCCCCCACAAAUCCAAAACUUAAUAUGGAACAACAGAGCUCCUACUUCAAUCUUGAUCCAGCAUCUCUUGGAAGGUGCAAAAUCUGGAUUCUCUCUUUUCAGUUCUUUUGCAACAUCAGAAACACUUGGCAAUGACCAGAACAGAGCAUCAUUUUAGUUUAGUUCUAUUCCUUUGCCCUUAACACAAGUGGGGCCCUCUUCAGACUGAGUGAAAAAAGCUUUCAGAAUUGGAAAGCAGAUCCUUUACCUGAAUUACACUUACAGGAAAAAAAAAAAGUUUACUUCAGCCAGUGUGGCUUUUUGUUUUCCAACAGGAUCUGACUGAUGUUUUAGGGCUUUCCAGUUGAUGCCUUGAAUUUGCCCUUAGAUUUGGGUUCAUAACUAUUCCCACAGUCUUUGCUUCCCACAUUUUGUAACUCACUUAAAGACUCUAAGGACAUCUAGAUAUGAAAUUAGAAGAUUAAAGAAAAUGUUUGAUACAUAAGACAAAUUCAAAGUAUUCAAACUUGUAUUUUAGGCUGCUACUUAAAGGACAUCAUGAAAACCAGUGCUGUUUUCUCCUGCUUAGGACUUUCCAGUAGUCCAAUCUGCACAAGCUGAUAUUGCACUGCAUAAGAGCAGCUUCCUAUGCUUUAUUUGUCCCAUUCCCUUCUCCAUCUCCUCCCCUCCUUCCUUUAACAGCUUUCACUAAGUCCUUCCUCUGCCUGUCUUCCCAGGCUGACAUUUCCCUGUAUAGAUAGCAGAAUACUUAGGGCUGCAAGUGUAAACAAGAAAGCUACAACAGUUGGUCAUUUCAGUCCUUUCCUGUGUAUGUGGUCCAUUCUGUGUUCUGUUGUGCAAUCAUCUAAUAAAGGUCCCAUUUCUUUACAACUAGUAAAAAAUUAGUCAAAGUUGCCUCCAAUCUAGUUCUCUGAUGAGGCCCUGUUAAUUUGUUCACUUUUUUUUUUUU